CGCAACGGCUUCACCGCCCCGCUUUGCGCCGCCGCCGCUCCCGCCGCCGGGCCCGCGCUACGAACCCGCUCGCCCAGCCCCGCCGGCCACCUCCCCGCCGCCGCCGCCGCCACCCUUCCCGGCGCCUGUCCGCUCCUCAGCGACGUUCCGCCGCCUUCGCUCCGCCCCCAGCGCGCGCGGGAGGGGCUGCGGGCGGAAGGAGCGGGGCGGGCCUGGCCGGGCCCGUGAGGAGCUGGCGCGGAGGGCGCCGCUUCCCCGGGACGCUCCCCGCGGGCCUGCCCUUCCCGAGCCGCCCCGGCAGCGCCAUGUCGGGCCUCCCGAGGAGCUACAACCCCUUCGCCGAGGAGGAGGAGGAGGAGGAGGCGGCGGCGGGCGGCGCGGAGCGGCAGCGGGCGCUGCGGCAGGAGGUGCUGCGCCUGAGCGCCGCCAGCGCCCGCAGCACCGCCCGCUCCCUCGCGCUGCUCCACGAGUCGGAGCGGGUCGGGGUGGCGGCUUCCGAGGAGCUUGUACGUCAGGGAGAGGCACUGAAGCGCACAGAGCAGAUGGUGGAUAAAAUGGACCAGGACUUGAAGACCAGUCAAAAGCACAUAAACAGCAUUAAGAGUGUCUGGGGGGGCUUGGUAAACUACUUCAAAGCCAAGCCUCCAGAGAACAAGCCAGAGCAGAAUGGAACCCCUGAAUAUUCUGCCAACUGUAGGUUAAAAGAAGCAAUAAUAUCUAGUAAAGAACAAGAGCCAAAAUACCAGGAAAGUCAUCCAAAUUUAAGAAAACUAUAUAAUUCAGACAAUGAUUUCAGCAAUGAAGAUUCAGUUUCUUCAGUGCAAAGGGACUCCUACCCAAAGAACCAACAGCUGCGAGCUUAUCACCAGAAAAUUGAUAGCAACUUAGAUGAGAUGUCUUCUGGGUUGAGUCGUCUGAAGAACCUGGCUCUUGGUCUGCAGACAGAAAUAGACGAGCAAGACGACGUGCUGGAUCGGCUAACCAGAAAAGUAGAGACACUGGAUGUCAAUAUUAAAAGCACUGAUAAAAAAAUCCGACAACUUUAAAGGAUAUUUAGGGGGUUUUUUUGUCUAGCAUCAGUUCUUUUUGGAUGUCUGAUCUCUUAAAGCAGUACCUGUUUCUCUUUUUUUUUUUCUGGUACAUUAUUGAUUUUGUUGUCAUUAAAAUAGCGUAACCUUAAGUGCAGCAUAAUACCUUACAUUGCUUCUCAAUGUACUUGGGAAAAGUGCAUCUUGAGUCAAAUCUCUCAGCACUCAGUAAGUGCUUUUGUGCUGGGUACCCUGCUCAGUUGUGUAACUGCCUCAUGUGCGUGGAGGAAUUUGCAGUCCACAAAGCUUCAGUGUCCUUGGUCUGGGAGCUGUGAUGAGAAAAGUAGCUGCAUUUUGCCUCUGUUUUGGGGAAGGGGCAGGGGGAACAGAAUGUGCUGCUUUGUUCAGGACAUAUGUUGCUAAUUCUGUUUACCUACAGCUAUUUUAAAUUCUGAAAAAAAAAAGUCGAUUUCCAGCUGUAAAAAUAAUUCCAAGUGACUGUUCUCUGGCAUUCUGGGGCUUAAGGAAUUAACUGUUCUGUGGAAGUUGUAAAAUAUCAAGGGUGUUAUGCAGUAAUGAGGAGAUCCUGUUUGUGUUCCCUUCCCAAAGCUGACUUUUGCCAAUUGGUAGUUCCAUGGACUGUGGGUUGUAUGUUUGGGCCACUAAAUGCUGUCACCUUUACAGUGUUUUCAGUAAAGAUCUUUAAGGGUAUCAUGGUCUGCAAGAAAUAUUGACAGUGACCCAAAAAGUCUGAGUAGCAAAAUGAGGAAUUGAACAUGUGUGGUCUUAGGGACAAUUUCUACAAAAGAAUCUCUAUUUACCUUUUGUUCUGCUCUUCCUCAGCUUAUUCAGUUAGGUGGUUAUUUGAAGAAUAACUUCUGUUUUAGAAAUGGACGAUUGGUCUGAUAUUGCACAAACAGAUCAUGGGAGGUCAAUUCUUUUAACGUGUAUUUCAAGUGUGAUUAGGGGUUGAGCAGAUGUUGUGUUUUCCUAGGUGGUGUGACUUAAGGAACUUAGCUAUGGUUCAUGCUUCUUCAGUGGCUUAGCAGGUAUGAGAGGUUCCUAGAAGUGAAAAAAAAGCUCCAAAACAUUUGUUUGAGUCUUCCAGAUACAAGUUGGGCCAUCCAAUACAUUCUAUUUUUUGAAGUAUCCCCGUAGAACAAACUAAUUACAAUUCUGCUCCAGCCUGAAGGCAUGACAAUGAGAAGUUGCUGUCUGAAAACAAGGAAUUUAUUUGAGUUUGGAGAGGCCAGGGGACCUGUGAGUGUUGCAGCACUUGCUGUCACAAAUGACAGUGUCUGAGAGAGUUUUUUUUGAACUGGUGUCACAUUAUUUAUGAAUUAAAGGAGGACCUUGGUGUUUAAGGCCAUCAAACUUGGAUCUGUCAUGAACAUCAUGUUCACACCUUCCCCUUUUAUUUCAAGGAUUUAUAACCUUAAUCUCUCUUGCUACACUAGGGCAUCCAGUUAAGUAGCUUAAAAGCAAGUUUGAGCCUUUCUUGUUUUACUGUCCUCAAAGUUCAUUUGUAGAAAAAUAAAUCAGUAAAAAUGCAACAUUAUUUGGACAUAAUACUAGGGAAAAAAAUUAUUGCUGGGAUGACUACGAGAGUAGAUUAGUGUCUUAGAUAAAAGGUGAGUUUCUGUUUCCCCUUAUGUUACUGAAGUCUUUGACUUCAGUCCCUAAAAAACCACUAUGAAUAUUUUGCAGGGACAUAAAACCUCAGGAGCUAUCGAGUAUCUUUAUUGUGCUUUAAUUUGGUGUCAUUUGUGCUAAUUUGGAACCAUAAAAAACUUUAGUAAUUAAUGUGUCAUCUAAUUUGGGUAUAUAUCAUGAUUAAUUCUAUCCUACUGUUAGAAUAUUUGAGUGAUAUGAUUUGAUGUCUCAAGAUGAUUGAUAAAUGUGUCAGCCACCAUGUAUAAAUGAUACAUUAAUUAGUUUUCAAAUGUUAUGUACCCCAGUGAAGUAAGAUUCACAUUUUAAUUAUACCUGGUUCAGUUUCUUAUUUGUCUUCUUUUAACAAGGGGAGAAAGACUUAAGUCAUUUCUUAUUCCAAUUCUGAUUAACAGAAACAUUUGCAUCUUAGAAAGGAUGUAUCAAUUCUCCAAAACAGAGAAUACCAAAAAAUGGCUUAGUAAUUAAUAACACACUUUCUAGUGUGUAAUCUGCCUUCAUCUGGUGUACAACUAAUUUUUUUCCAAAGACUUCGGUAACUAGGAUGUCCACUGAAACUUUCUCCACUAAGUUAUGGCUAAUGAGGAAAAGUGUAGCUGGAGGAUCUAGUUGUGUUAUGUGCAAUAAGAAGUGGAGCUUGAAUUCAAGCUAAAAUGUUUUGUUUAUUUAAGAGGGAAGUGUUGCCUUCCUGAUGUAAGCUAUUCCUUUUUUUAGUCUUAAUUAUUUCACAAAAUGAACUCAAGGUCUUGUUCAACUGUUUUGUUAUAUUUGCCUUAUGAAAUGUUCACUGCAUCUUUGAUGCCUUUAAGAACACAGGCAGGGAAGGGGAAUAAAAACCAUAAAUGCCUGUUUUUGCUGUGGGAACCUCGUGAUCCAAGCAGACCAGAAAACCAGGAUCCCAGCCAUGUGGAACUUACACAGAGGUCUGACUUCUCAGCUCUUCUAACAAUCCCAUUCACUGUCUCAGUAAUGUAUGUAUUUGCUUAGGCUUUCCUGAUCUGUUUAUUAUUUUUGUUUUAGUUUUUAAUGGCCUUGUUUUAAAGGAUUACUUGGAUUUCUUUUCUGGAGGGGAAAAAAAGCUUGUGCGUGGGAAUUUAAUGAAUUUCUGCUACGAACUGAAUUCCCUUUCAGCUUUGGACAGAUGCUUUAUGCUGAUAAAGAACUUCAGUCUAACUGACAUGAGGACACAACACCAUUUUGUAACAGUGAUUCAUUCUUUUUGCUUGUUGCAAUAAUUUUCCAUCCUGCAGAAAGGGGAUAUUUGAAGAAAAAAAGAUGUGAUUUUUGCAUUUCCAGGACAUGUAAUUAUGCAUGUGUUAUGAGGGACUUAUUUCAGCAGCUUUUCUUACUCUUUCCUGAGAGAGAGUUGUAUUUCAUCCUGGAUACUAUUUAAACACUUCCCUUGUGUAGGAUAUUGGCCUUUCAGAAGAAAUGUAAUACACAUUCAAGCACUAACUUGAUAAGUUUAAUUAUUUUGCCUAAAUACUCGUGUUGGCAUAGAGAUUGGUGUCCUUGCAGCAAAAUAGCUCUGGUUAAUUUUAUUCUUACUGGCUUGAGUAAAAGUUCAAUAUUAAGGUCAGAAGAAAAUAGCAAAAAUGUAUUUUAAGUCUUCUUUAUGAAAGGUGAUUUUCUUCUCAAAGUUUGCUAAGAAAUUUUGAAGAUGUUUUAAACAUUAGAAAGGAGCACACGCUUCAUAGCAUAGAAGACAUACACAAGGCAAAAAGAAAAUGGACAUAACCAGUAUAUGAUGACUAGAUUCUUAGGUGUAUUUGAUUUUUAAUUAUCCUCAGCAUCGAAUUAAAUAUUGUAACAAAUGAUGCAUAGCUGAAUUUUCGUCUGUACUACAAGGAUUUGUUGUGUGCUGAACCCUGUUGGGCUACUGAAAUUGUUGGGGCACUAUAUGGUUUUUUAAAAUGUGUGAAAUAUGUCUGAAAUAACUUGCCUGGUAGGUUUUUGUGAAGUGAUGUCAGUUGUUACAUGGUGAAAUAGAAAGUACUUUCCAGCCACUUUGCCUUCUGAACAAACAGAUUUUUGUGGGCAUUUUUAUAAGCAUAAGGUGUGUUGAUUUUCACUUUGAAAUAUAAGGAGCUUAAUUUUCAAAAUCACAGGUAGUGAUUCUUUGUGUCUAUGACUCUUUUAAACAGUGCUUUAGUUCUAUGCCAUCCAGGUAUAACACUUUUUAUACAAUUCAAAUUGAACUAUCUUUCUCUUUUGUUUAAAUGCUAAACUGGUCUGUAGUUCAGCUAUUUAGGAGACUGAAUGGAAUGAGAAUUGAAUGAUAAGAUGGUCAAUAAAGGUGCUUAUUGUUAA